AUGACUUCUGAUCAGCCCGCGAUCUCCCGAACGCUGAUCGGCUACUUAACGGUGCUCGGUGCAGUGUCAGUGAUGAACCUAUGUCUGGUGAUCGAUGCUCGUUGCCAGCUCCGAGCCGCCUCAGACGACCAGGUUGGCGCCGUGGCGAAAGAGGUUCUCCGGUUAUUGGAGCCGCAGACCGUUCAUCGCCGUCAGGCGAAGCGCCAAACUGACUUGGAGGGUGCGAUUGCGCCCGAAGUACCGGAAGCUGGGACGGGCGCUCCGAGUGGAGGCGUUUCCUUCAACGUCAAUGGAACUCGUCAACACCCCAAGUCGCCGGAAUACUACGCAACGGUACCGAUGGACGUCAUGACUCGAUUCUGCAAAGACAGCUCCACAUACUGCAACUCGGAAUACGUGCGUGGUGAGAAAGGAGAAUUGGGACCCAUCGGCCCACCAGGAUUGAAAGGCUCGAAAGGGGAGCCUGGCCUCGACGGCGUAGACGGAACUCCCGGCCAACCCGGCUUGGAUGGAACCUUGGGUGCCCAGGGUGCUGAUGGUCCCAAAGGCGACAAGGGAGAGCAAGGGGAGGAUGGAAUACCCGGUAGUCAUGGAACCGACGGCGUAAACGGAAUCGACGGCGUUCCGGGCGAGAAAGGAGAUAAAGGCGACUCAGGGUUUCCUGGCUUGCGGGGACAACGAGGUCCGAAAGGAGACCACGGCGAAAGGGGUGAAGCUGGAAUCCCUGGAAUACAAACGUGGAUUCCCGAGCACUCCGACUUGAAAUCAGCGAAGGAUCUUCUGAUUCCUCCGGAGAUUGUACUUAGUACGGAGUCGUCGUCCGUGGAAGUGAACGAAGGCGUGAGUCUGGGCCUCGUCUGUUCAGCCACCGGCCAGCCAACUCCGAGCGUUGCGUGGUCCAGAAUCGAUGGCAAGCCGAUAUUCGGGAAUCCUCACGUGUCUAGCGUGGGAGACAAGCAGCUGAACAUGAGUUUGGUCACACGUGCCGACAUGGGGGUCUACGCGUGCACAGCAGCGAACGGAGUUCCGCCGAUCGCCUCCCGAACGAUCUCAUUGAACGUGGCCUUUGCUCCCUUGAUACGGAUUCAAAAAUGGAACGUGGCGAGCUGGAACGGCGGUGGGGUCGUUCUCGAGUGCCUCACCGAAGCCUAUCCGCCUCCAGUGAAUUUCUGGAUUUCGCGCUCGGGGAACAUCAUCGGCGAGUGGAACUUCGGGUUUGAAGUGAACUACGUAGAAUCGUCUCUGAAGUACGUUCCCAAGGACGAAGCGCUCAGCUCGUAUCAACAUCGAAUGACAUUGAACAUAACCUACGUAACUCCCAGCGAUCUUGGGAGCUACCUCUGCGUGUCGAAAAAUGUUCGGGGACAAGCCGUUGGAACCAUCGAUCUUAGUAUUAUGCAUCUCCCAGAUCAAAACGAACCUCUUGACUGGAGGUCGUCCAGCGAAGAGGCCACGUUCGGCACAGAGGCUAAGGAGAAACAGCACGCCCAAUGUUUGAGGAAAUGCCCGGAGUGCCGCUGUAAGAGCGCUCUCCCGGAGAUGGCGGACGUACGCAAUGAAUACAGCGAUGUGGAUAAACGCAAUUGGACCAGGAAACCAGACAGGCAUCCGGGGUGCACUCUGGACUCUCGUCUAAGUCGCGUGGGGAAACCGGUGAUGUAUCUCGAAAACGGCACAUCGUAUUCUGCCUGGUGGCAGGACGAGGUCUACCACCCGGAUUCUGAGAACGCCACGCGUGUCUUCUAUGCUACCAAACACGGGGACAACACCCAUCUUUACAUGUUCAAAGUUUGUAGUCGAAUCAGAGACACUCUUCCUGAUCGCUUGCAAUCGCCGCUCCGAAUGAAGUCCUGGACAAUAGCACUUCCAUUCCAGACACGAGAACUCUUCCAAAAUGGAACGUUUUCGAAGGGAAUACCGCUGAUCUCUCCCUUUCACGGAAACGGCAAUCUUCUGAUAAAUGGAACCUUUUAUUAUCAUCAAAACGCAUCUAACAAUAUAGUGCGUGUUCCUCUCCAUUCGAGAUCCUUCGAGUGAGUAUUGUGAUCGCCUCGACGGCUCGGCGAGAUGUCCGUCCUCGCAGUCGAGGAUAUGGCAUUCUCGAAUCGAACUUUUCUAUUCGGCCAACAACAAAACUAUGCGAUGAUAUCUGCCGAUGAGAACGGACUCUGGAUCAUCUACUCCAGCACUCGAUCCAACAACACGAUGAUCCUCAAGAUAGACGAGAAAACCUUCGAGAAACAGUUCAUCUGGAAUUUGACGCUCCCGCACAAGAAGAUCGGUCAGAUGUUCAUCAUGUGCGGAGUAUUGUACGCAGUGAACUCCGUCACGGAACCUAAUGCGCAAAUAUACAUGUACGCGUACGACCUAUUAGCCGACACCAUUAUCAGCCUUGAGGCUCCGAUCGCUUUCACAAAUCCAUUUGCGAACACAACCUUCCUUACGUACAACCCUCGAGAGCACGAACUCUUCUCGACGGACAACGGCAACCAUUUAGUGUAUCCAGUGAGGACGCUAGAGGAGGAUCGCCGAGCCGAGCUGCUAGAAGUACAAUUGAGGACAUCCUGA